AUGGGGUUUCAUGCAGAAUAUUCAAACUAUACAUCGCAAACCAAGGAAGAGAUGUUGCAACAAUUACUAAUGUCUUACGAGGCAUUGAGCAGUGACUGUACAAAUUGGGUAGCAAAUUUAUCUAACUGUGCUUCACUUUUGUGGCACGGAUAUCAUUCUUUGAACGUUCCUGUAAAUUGGACUGGUUUUUAUGUUACUCAUAAACCAGAUGAACUCAUUUUGGGUCCUUUCCAGGGUAAAGUUGCAUGUCAAACAAUUCAAUUUGGUAAAGGAGUUUGUGGGAACGCAAUUUCGUCAGGGGAAACACAACUAGUGGAAGAUGUUCAUAAUUACCCUGGACAUAUAGCUUGUGAUGGUGAAACUAAUAGUGAAAUUGUCGUACCUAUGAUCAAAGAUGGAGUGAAAAUUGGUGUAUUGGACUUAGACUGUUUAGCACCCAAUGGAUUCGAUAAAAUGGAUAAAGAAUAUUUAGAGAAAUUAGUUGCAUUGAUAUUGACAUCCUGUGAAUUUCCUACACUACACUAG